AGGCGGCGGCGGAAGUCGGCGGCGGCGGCCUCUGGGUGAGGCCCGGCUGCGCCCCCGCCCCUCGCCCCCACCCCGCGCUUGCCGUGGAGCCGCCUCCCCGCCGCCCCCUCCUCUCGCGGCCCUGCUUCGACUAGGCCUCCAGCCCUACUGGCCGGAACGACGGACAGACAGACGCUAAAAUCAGACGCUGCACCGCUGCCGCCUCCUGACUCCCCGUCCAGCCCUUCCCCUGCGUGGCCGUCGCGGUCUGGCCAGCCAGGUUGUUGACAGCAGAAGCCACUGAAUUCUGAAUCCUGGAACUUACUUUCAAGAACUUGAAACAAAGGACUUCUUUCUAAUUUGGGUAUGGCUAAUCGCGGAGCAACAAGACCCAAUGGGCCAAAUGCUGGAAAUAAAAUUUGCCAAUUCAAAUUAGUACUUCUAGGAGAGUCUGCAGUUGGUAAAUCAAGUUUGGUCCUUCGUUUUGUAAAAGGGCAGUUUCACGAGUUUCAAGAAAGUACAAUUGGAGCUGCUUUUCUAACCCAAACUGUGUGUCUUGACGAUACAACGGUAAAAUUUGAAAUUUGGGAUACAGCUGGGCAAGAGCGGUAUCACAGUUUAGCACCUAUGUACUACAGAGGAGCGCAAGCAGCUAUAGUUGUAUACGACAUUACAAAUGAGGAGUCCUUUGCCAGAGCAAAAAACUGGGUCAAAGAACUUCAGCGUCAAGCAAGUCCCAACAUUGUAAUAGCUUUAGCAGGAAACAAAGCUGAUCUAGCUAACAAAAGAGCUGUGGAUUUCCAGGAAGCACAAGCUUAUGCAGAUGACAACAGUUUAUUGUUCAUGGAAACAUCUGCCAAAACAUCUAUGAACGUAAAUGAAAUAUUUAUGGCAAUUGCAAAAAAAUUGCCAAAGAAUGAACCACAGAAUACAGGAGCUAACUCUGCCAGAGGAAGAGGAGUAGACCUUACUGAACCUACACAACCACCCAAGAGUCAAUGUUGUAGUAACUAAAACAUCAAUUGCUUUAAACUGUUCUGAAUAUUCUUCUGCUUCCUAACUGUUAAUAACCAUGGAAUUGGAGUGCUUAACCUGGCCCAGUACAGCUUCCAAACAGCGAAGAGACUUACAAUAAUAGUCAAGUUUAUGAUACAGAAUUUCCUUUUGACCUAAAAUUUUAACAUGCAUGUAUCCACCGCUGUCUGUAAUGUUUCAGCAUAGAGGAGUGAUGGAAGCGGAAUAAACUUCCUUCAGUUGAAAGGUUUUAAAAAUUGCUUUCCAUUAGGGAUAUAGAAGACCUACUUUCCAUGGACCUAAUUGGCCAGUUCCUGUUGCUUCAAUACUGAUUACUGUUACGAUGAAUAGAAUUUGAACUUUUCAUAAUUCUCAAUUGUGCUUUAGAAGAGUUUUAGAAACAGGGUCUAAAAAUUAAACUCAUUCACAGUAUUGAUGCAACCAGUUGUUUCUGCAGGUAUCUACUGUUUAGUUAUACAUUCCAUAGUUUAAUAAUUUAAUCCCAAGUACUACUUGCAUUAACAAUUUUAAGAACCCUAUGCUUGCAGGAAAGUGGAUUUUUAGUUGGUACACUGUAUGUAAAUUAUAUCAACCCAUUUAGUUGUCUAAAGAGAAUAGGAUAAAUCAAGUUUAACUUCAUUUCUAAUCUGUUCAGAAGGUACAAACCAGUAAAUUCAUCUUUACAAUAUAGGAUAUUUUUCCUUUUUACAAACUGUAAGAGCUCUUCAAGUAAAACCACAACAAACUUGGUGUCUGUGACUUUUUUCUUGGUUUUGAUCAUUGCUGGCCAUUACAGUUUAUUUUUCCCCUGAGGAAAAAAAAAAUAGCGCACUAACAAUUAUGGACAUUCAACUUGAUUUUAAAUUUGGAUAUUAAUGUACUGUAAAUAGGUACUCUGCAUUGUAGUCUACAUUUGUUUAAUACUUUCUGUAAUAUUUAAGAGUUGCUUGAAGGUAUACAGAAUGUACAGUUACUUAAAGCUAACUUUUUUCCUCUCUAAUCAAAGGGGGUUCUAAGUUCUUCCUUUAUGGCUAGAACAGUAAUAAAUGAUGCUCCUGUAUCUGUAA